GCGCUGGGCGGAGAUGAAGGCGGACUCCGACUGGCUCUGAGUUUUAACAGCUCUCUUCAUUCAGGAGCUCGGCGGGUCAACAUGGCAGAGCCGUUAUCCCGGGAGCCCACCGCUGCAAAAAUGGCGUCACUUCACCGGGUCCGAGCGCUGGCGUUGAUUUUCCUGACUGUCACUGGCUGCUGCGUCGCCCCGACGAGCGGCAGGGAAGGCUCGGAGGAGACGGUCAUCAUAGGGCUCCGGCUGGAGGACACGGACGACAUUUCCUUCAUGGACAGGGGCUACCUGCGGGUGAGCGAGCGGUCCCGGGUGAGGCUGCGCGUGUACGGGCAGAACAUCAACAACGAGACGUGGUCCAAGAUCGCGUUCACGGAGCACGAGCGGAGCCGGCCGGCGGGGGGCUUUGACAGCUCCUCGCGGGACAACCAGAGCCAGGAGGACUCCUCCGGCGCGCAUCCCUGCGGGAUCAGGACUUCGGAUAUAAUCAUAUUACCCAACAUCAUCUUGAACCGAAAGACCUCCGGGAUAGUGGAGAUCGAGGUGAAGCCUCUGAGGAAGACGGAGAGGAGUAAAGCUUAUUAUCUUUGCAUCGCCACGUCCGCGCCGGCGGCGGCCGGGACGCACGACCCGUGGACGGAGAACACCUGGAUCUACCACGACGGGGAGGACACCAAAGUGAUCGUGGUGGAGGAGAAGAAGUUCCUGCUGCCCUUCUGGCUCCAGGUCAUCUUCAUCUCCAUGCUGCUCUGCCUGUCCGGGAUGUUCAGCGGCUUGAACCUGGGGCUCAUGGCGCUGGACCCCAUGGAGCUCCAGAUCGUCCAGAACUGCGGCACGGAGAGGGAGAAGAACUACGCCAAGAAGAUCGAGCCGGUCAGGAGCCAGGGGAACUACCUGCUCUGCUCGCUCCUGCUCGGGAACGUGCUCGUGAACACCACGCUUACCAUCCUGCUGGAUGACAUCGCCGGCUCGGGACUCAUCGCCGUGGUCAUGUCCACGAUCGGGAUCGUGAUCUUCGGGGAGAUCGUGCCGCAGGCCAUCUGCUCCAGACACGGCCUGGCGGUCGGAGCCAACACCAUCUUCCUCACCAAGUUCUUCAUGCUGCUCACCUUCCCGGCCUCCUACCCGGUGAGCAAGCUGCUGGACUACCUGCUGGGACAGGAGAUCGGGACCGUGUACAACCGGGAGAAGCUCCUGGAGAUGCUGCGCGUCACGGACCCGUACAACGACCUGGUGAAGGAGGAGCUGAACAUGAUCCAGGGCGCGCUGGAGCUCAGGACUAAGACCGUGGAGGACGUGAUGACGCCGCUCAGAGACUGCUUCAUGAUCCCCGGGGACGCCACCCUGGACUUCAACACCAUGUCGGAGAUCAUGAAGAGCGGCUACACGCGCAUCCCGGUGUUCGAGGGCGAGAGGUCCAACAUAGUGGACCUGCUCUUCGUCAAGGACCUGGCCUUUGUGGACCCGGAUGAUUGCACGCCGCUCAAAACCAUCACCAAGUUUUACAGCCACCCUCUGCAUUUUGUUUUUAACGACACCAAGCUGGACGCAAUGCUGGAGGAGUUUAAAAAAGGAAAAUCCCACCUGGCCAUCGUGCAGAGGGUGAACAACGAAGGCGAGGGAGACCCUUUCUAUGAGGUUCUGGGAAUCGUCACCCUGGAGGACGUUAUUGAAGAAAUAAUCAAGUCCGAGAUCCUGGACGAGACGGACUUAUACACUGACAACAAGACGAAGAAGAAAAUCACCCAUCGGGAAAGGAAGCAGGAUUUCUCGGCCUUCAAGCCCACCGACAAUGAAGUGAAGGUUAAAAUAUCACCUCAGCUUCUGCUGGCUACCCUGCGUUUCUUAGCAACAGAGGUGGAGCCAUUCUCACCGGUGCAGAUGUCAGAAAAGAUUUUGCUUCGAUUACUUAAGCACCCCAACGUCAUCCAGGAGCUGAAAUACGACGAGAAGAAUAAACGAGCAGCGGAGCACUACCUCUUCCACAGAAGCAAACCUGUGGACUAUUUUAUCCUCGUACUGCAGGGGAAGGUGGAGGUGGAGGCAGGAAAAGAGGGGAUGAAGUUUGAAGCGGGACCUUUCUCCUUUUACGGGAUGAUGUCUCUGACAGCGUCGCCUGUGCCACUGUCCCUGUCUCGUACAUUUGCAGUCAGUAGAGCUGAAUCGUUAGCAGGAUCUCCAGAGAAUAAGUCGCCUCCACGGCCGUUUGGACUCAAUCACUCCGACUCUCUGAACAGGAGUGAUCGUAUCGACGCCAUCACACCAACGCUGGGCAGCAGCAACAACCAGCUCAACUCUUUCCUUCACAUCUACGUACCGGAUUAUUCCGUCCGAGCGCGCACAGACCUGCAGUACAUAAAGGUAACGCGCCAACAGUACCAGAAUGCCGUGAUGGCGUCGCGGAUGGACAAGACCCCCCAAUCGACGGACAGCGAGUUCACAAAGAUAGAACUCACGCUGACGGAGCUCCACGAUGGAGUGGAAGCCCCGCCCAUCGUCACUACCACGGCCAGCAUCACAAGCCCCUCCCCCGCCGUGGCCAUCGCCAUGGCCAAUGAGACAUCCCACAUGCUGAGCCAGCAGCAGAACUGUGUGGGCCUGAGCAGGAGCAACCACAGCGCCCACAACGAGGGACCCAUCUAG